CUCUCUUCAUACAGAAGCUGUGAAUGGUAGUCAGCUCCUCGUAUUUCGCUCCGCUGGUGAGCACCCCGCCAGUCACAGUGGAGACUGAGCAGAGCGCACAGCUACAGACAGCGACCUGCUACUGUCAUGAAAAAUAACUGGAACUGUAGUGGAUAUUUUUCGUACAAACAUAUGAGAUCGCUGCUCUAAAGGCACCGACACACACUUGAUUUGUGUUUUUUAUUCAAAGGAUUUACUGCGCGCUAAAGUGACCAUGGCACAUUUUACGCACUGCAGGUAACCGGUGUUUUGGAGUCUUAAACCAUCAAAACUAUGGAUUAAACAAUAAUACAUUCCCCCUAAUCCAGGAGAGCUCAAAUGGCGGCACUUCGCAGGAAAUUUGGAGAAGACUAUCAGGUAGUUAACACAAAUCAGGCAACCACUUUUACUGCUCCGGUGAAGAAGAAACGCCAGCGCUUCGUGGAUAAGAACGGUCGCUGCAAUGUGCAGCACGGAAACCUGGGAGGAGAGACCAGCAGGUACCUCUCUGACCUCUUCACAACUUUAGUGGACCUAAAGUGGAGAUGGAAUCUGCUCAUCUUCAUCCUAACUUACACGAUCGCGUGGCUGGUCAUGGCUUCAAUGUGGUGGCUCAUCGCGUACAUCAGAGGAGAUCUAAAUCACGGCCAUGACUCUUCCUACACCCCCUGCGUGGCAAAUGUUUACAACUUUCCCUCAGCUUUUCUGUUCUUCAUCGAGACUGAGGCCACGAUUGGUUACGGCUACCGGUACAUAACAGAGAAAUGUCCGGAGGGGAUCAUCCUCUUCUUGUUUCAGUCUCUGCUGGGCUCUAUAGUGGACGCUUUUCUCAUCGGCUGCAUGUUUAUUAAAAUGUCCCAACCAAAGAAGCGCGCAGAGACGCUCAUGUUUAGCCAGACCGCGGUGAUUUCCCAGAGAGAUGGGAAACUGUGCCUCAUGUUCCGCGUGGGGAACCUGCGGAACAGCCACAUGGUGUCCGCUCAGAUCAGGUGUAAACUCAUAAAGUCCCGUCAGACACCCGAGGGCGAGUUCCUACCUCUGGACCAGUGUGAACUGGAUGUUGGCUUUGGGACAGGUGCAGACCAGCUCUUUCUGGUGUCUCCUCUAACCAUUUGCCACGAAAUCAACCCCAAGAGCCCCUUCUUCGACUUAUCACAGCGCUCCCUCAAGAACGAAGAGUUUGAGAUAGUCGUUAUCCUGGAGGGCAUCGUGGAGACCACUGGUAUGACAUGCCAGGCUAGGACUUCCUACACAGAGGAUGAGGUUUUAUGGGGCCAUCGCUUCCUGCCGGUGAUGUCCCUGGAGGAAGGCUUUUUCAGGGUAGAUUACUCUCAGUUCCACAGCACAUUCGAGGUACCAACACCUGCAUACAGCGUCAAGGAAUACGAGGAAAAGAACUCACUGCCCUCCCCUGUAUCUACUCCCACGCCUGCACUGACUGAGAGCCACGGUGCCAGGCGAAACCGUGUGUUUUCUGUGGAUUGCAUCAACACUUCAGAGGAAAGGGGUCGUCAUGGGGGCAUUGGGGGUCGUCUGCCGAGCAAGCUGCAGAGGAUGAGUUCAUCAGGGAAGGAGGACCUGCAAAGGAAAGUGCUUAUGCUCAGCUCCCAGCACUCAGAAAAGGCCUGCAGCACAGGAGACCUGCCCCUUAAGCUCCAACGCCUCAGCUCAUCACCGGGACCUGAGGCGGAGAACAGGCUGCAGCUCAAGUCCCUCAAGGUAGGCUUUGAACCCAUGACACAGUCGACUGGAGAUCUGUACCAGCACAGCUUAGCACCAACACUGUCCCCUGCUCCAGUCCCGAUGCACAGCCCACUUCUUUCAGGCGGAAGGCCGGAGGACAACUUACCUGCGAAGCUGCGGAGGAUGAACGCUGACCGCUGAAACCCAAACUGUUGCAGCCCACAACAAAAGACUCUGAGAGACGGACGGAGGAAGACUAAGGGAUGUAUUUCGCAUUGGGAGGGUUUGAAAUGGGUACAAAUUAUUUAUUAGUUUUUUCUUGACACACAAUCUUUACUGGGAUUACUGUGAUUUUUGUGUUUCAUAGCAGAGGUAUUCACGCAGGCUUUAUUACACAUGAUACAAGGAAACACAAACUUCAUGCUAAAUUUCCAAAUUUGAUGAAUCUGCAAGAGUUCAUGACUGCACGUACAGACUAUAUCCAUUGUUCAAUGUAUGCACCACUGAAAUGAAUUGUCAACCUUAGUUUUAUCUUAAUAUAAAUUAUAUUAAAGAAUGAUAAUAAAUGCUGAGCUUUC